AUGAGCGUCGUCGGCCUCGACUUCGGUAACGCCAACAGCGUCAUCGCGCUCGCGCGACGCAAGGGCAUCGACGUCGUGUUAAACGGCGAGUCCAAGCGCGAGACGCCCUCGAUGGUGAACUUCGGGGAGAAGCAGCGCUUCCUCGGCUGCGCGGCCGCGGACAAGAUCAACAUGAAGCCCAAGGACACGAUCGUCCAGCUCAAGUCCUUGAUCGGCCUGCGGUACUCCGACCCCGAGGUGCAGGCGAUGCUGCCCAACUUUGUGUUUCCAAUCGCGGGAGGCCCGAACGACGAGAUCUUGAUCACGGUGACUUACAUGAACGAGAAGAAGGCGUUCACGCCGGAGAGGCUCGUCGCGAUGGCCCUCGCGGACCUCAAGAUCAUCGCGGAGCAGGACCAGGGCAGCAAGGUGACGGACGCGGUGAUAUCCAUCCCGGUGUUCUUCACCGACGCGCAGAGGCGCGCGAUGCUCGACGCGGCGUCCAUCGCGCAGCUCAACGUGCUGCGAUUGAUGCACGAGACGACCGCGACCGCGCUCGCGUACGGCAUCUUCAAGACGAACGAGUUCACGGACACGCCCACGAACGUGGUGUUCGUGGACGUCGGGCAUUCCGCGAUGCAGGCGUGCGUCGUUCGAUUUACCAAGUCGCAGCUGAGGGUGAUGUCCACCGGAUUCGAUCGGAAGCUCGGCGGGCACGCGUUCGAUCUCGCGAUGUUCGAUCACUUCUGCGAGGAGUUCGGCGCGAAGCACAAGAUCGACAUCAAGUCUAACGCGCGCGCGUCGUUGCGCUUGAAGAUCGCGAUCGAGAAGAUGAAGAAAAUUCUCAGCGCCAACCCGGAGGCGCCCAUAAGCGUCGAGUGCAUCAUGGACGAGGUUGACGUCAAGUCGUCCAUGACGCGCGAGAAGAUGGAGGAACUCUCCCAAGGUUUACUCGAGAAGCUCAUGGGCCCGGUCACGACCGCGAUGAGCGAGGCUGGGCUCGUCCCCGACGACAUCGCCGCGGUGGAGCUGGUCGGUAACGCGUCGCGGAUGCCGUUCAUCUCCGCGCAGCUCGAGGCGUUCUUCGGGCAAGUCCCGGGCCGCACGCUCAACGCGAGCGAGUGCGUCGCGAGAGGGUGCGCGCUCCAGGGCGCGAUGCUCUCGCCGCAGUUCAAGGUGCGCGACUUCGAGGUCGUGGACUCGUUCCCGUACCCGGUGUCGUUCGCGUGGGCGAGCGAGGACGGGGAGGCGAAGGAGCUGGAGAUUUUCGAACGCAACAACGCGGUGCCGUCGUCGAAGAUGAUGACCUUCUUCCGCGACGAGACGUUCACGAUCCAGGCGAAGUACACGACGCCGACGCUGCUGCCGCCCGGCACGGAGCUCGCGAUCGGGUCGUUCGACAUCGGACCCAUCGCGCGCGCCAAGGACACGGAGGAGAAGACGAAGCUCAAGGUGAAGGUUCGUUUGAACCUCAACGGCCUCGUCUCCGUCGAGCAGGCGCAGGCGAUCGAAGAGAUCGAAGAGGAGGUCGUCGUCGAGCCGCCGCCCGCUCCGCCCGCCGCCAAGGAGGACGAGCCCAUGGCGGACGCGGAGAAGCCCGCGGCGGAGGACGGCGGCGCGGAGAAGAUGGACGCGGACGCCGCGCCCGCCGCGCCCGUCGUUGAGAAGAAGAAGAAGGUGAAGAAGACGGACGUCAACGUCGUCUCCGUCGUCGGCGGCCUCCCGUCGCAGGUGCUCGAGACGUUCGUCGCGGAGGAGUACGAGAUGGCGCUCCAGGACCGCGUCAUGGAGGAGACGAAAGAGCGCAAGAACGCGGUCGAGGAGUACGUGUACAGGAUGCGGUCGCAGAUCGCCGAUAAGUACGCGCCGUUCGUGGAGCCCGCCGUCGCGGAGGCGUUCAACGCGACGCUCAACGCGACGGAGGACUGGCUCUACGAGGACGGCGAGGACGAGACGAAAGGGGUGUACGUCUCGAAGCUCGCGGAGUUGAAGGCGGUCGGGGACCCGAUCGAGGCGAGGCACGCGGAGGAGACGCUGCGGCCGCCCGCGUGCGACGCGCUGCGCGCCGCCGCGAGCGGGUUCCUGAGCCAAGCCGCGCCGGACCCCGCGCACGAGCACAUCGACGCGGCGGAUCUCGAGAAAGUUCGCGCGGAGGCUCAGGCCGCGUUGGAUUGGCUCUCGGAGAAGGAGGGACUCCAGGCGGCCGCCGCGAAGACCGCGGACCCGGUUCUCGUGUCCAAUGACGUCGUGAAGAAGCGCGAGGGGCUGGAGCGCAUGUGCGCGCCGAUCUUGUCGCGGCCGAAGCCGAAGCCGCCGCCGCCGCCGGCGCCCGAGCCGGACGCGGCGGAGGCGAAGGACGCGGACGCCGACGCGGGCGCGGCGGCGGGCGAGGGCGAGGGCGCGGACGGCGCCGCCGCCGACGCCAUGGACGUCGACGCGGAGGAAAAGCCCGCGGCGGGCGCCGCGGACGACCUCGAUUGA